UCCGAGCCGGGCCAGGCCUCCUCCCUCCUCGGUAGUGCCACAACGUGGCCCCUAAAGCGCUACGGCCGCUUCCUACCCCCGCAGGAGGGUGAAGAUGAAGGGCAAAACGCCUCCUCGUGGAAGGUUUUUGAAUCAAAUGAAGAAUCAGGCCAUCUUAUCCUUACCAUUGUUGUAUCUGGCCAUUUCUUUAUUUCCCAAGGGCGAACAGUACUGGAAGGCUUUUCCUUGAUUGAUUCCCACAAGUGGUUAAAUAUAGUAAGAAGAGCAGACUGCCUGCUGCUUCGUGCACAGGCAAAGCAGAAUGAAUGCCGCAUGUUUCGUGUGCAGUUUGGUGGAGAUUCAAAAGAACAGAUGCAAGAACACUGCAGCAGUUGCGUUCAGAAGCUCGCAGAGUACGUACCGGUUCAAGUCACCGACGAACAAAGUCUCAGUCAGCUGGCUGACAGGGAAAAUCAAGCAAAGGACACUGAACAAAAUGCAUCGGUACUACAUACACCAGAUGAGCCUCUACCAGAUUCCUGCACAAGCUUUGGGGAAAGAAGAUCUGUAACACAGCUAGUGCAGUCUGUGCUGAAAAAGAAGUCUGAGCUCCCCCUUGUGUACCGGCAUUCAGCGUGGCGUGCGCAAGAGCUGGGGCCCUUCAUUCGCUUGUGUCUCAUGGAUCAGAAUUUCCCAGCUUUUGUGGAAGAUGUGGAGAAGGAAUUGAAAAAACUUGCGGAAGGUUGA